AUUUUGCCUCUUCAUAUAGCCGUUUUCAAACUCUCCCAUUGGAUAUGCUCAUUGGCUGAGCGUGACAUCAAAUAGCCGCAUGGCUCUGUAGCCAAUCAUAAGGAGACGAAUGCCUCCGAAUGUGAGCAAUACGCCGGUCUCCGUGAACCCACCCCCGAUCUUUUCUCGCGCGCUGAGCUAGUGGCUGCAGUUGUCAUGGAAAUGGAAGAAGGCCCAGCGUCGGAGCCCUGUGCGGUUGCCAUGGAGAUCCCUGCCGGAGCCGCGCUCGGGGUGGUGGAAGAAAACGAGAGCAGCGUGCAGCUGGAACCCGAAGAGCGGCACGAACUCGUUCAGCACCUUGGAGAGCAGCGGCGCGAGGGACCACCGUUCUGCCAGGGGAACUAUUACAUGCUAAUCGUGAUCGGGGAGGUGGCGACGGAACACCAGCUCCAGUCCGUCAGAGAGCACAUCGAACAAGGGAUUCGCUCGUGGGAUAUCAGCCUCGCCUCCUGUGACCUGAACCAGCAGCUGCAGCUCUUUGUGACGCGACACUCCGCCCAGUUUUCUUCAGGAGUCAGAGGACAGAGGAUUCUGCAAUACAAAAGUGAUGUCCUUGACACCGUCGUUUUAGUUAAUCCAUCAGAAGAAUCGAUUGCCUCAGAGAUCCAGUCUCUGAUCACUGACUCCGCCACACACAAGCUUUUGGUCUUGAGUGGUCAGAGUUCAGACCAAGGUGGUGACCUCAUUCUGCAAAGCGGGGUGUUUACUUUCAAAAACGUCUCAGACAUCUUUGCUGAUCCUGGAGUCAGUGGUCUGCUGAGCAAAGCAGCCCCAGAGUGCCGGGCCACACUCACAGUGUCCUGCCGAGGGGAGGGGGGCUGGAGCUCCCUGGGGCAGCAGCAACCAUACUUUAGGGAGUUCCUGGAGUACAGACUGAACCCCGAACCUGUGCUGCCUGAGAUGGAAGGAGUGACGGAAUUCACGGAGUACAUCUCCGAGACGGUGGAUGUCCCAUCCCCUUUUGACCUCCUGGAGCCUCCGACCUCCGGAGGUUUCCUGAAGCUGUCCAAGCCCUGCUGCUACAUUUUCCCUGGAGGGAGAGGGGACUCUGCCCUGUUCGCGGUGAACGGCUUCAACAUCCUGGUUGACGGAGGUUCCGAGCGGAGAUCAUGCUUCUGGAAGCUUGUCAGACACCUGGACCGCAUCGACUCCAUUCUCCUCACCCACAUCGGAGCGGAUAACCUCCCCGGCAUCAACGGGCUCCUGCAGAGGAAGAUUGCCGAACAAGACGAGGAGCAGUCACAGGGCUCCACCACCUACAGCGACUGGAUGAAGAACCUGAUCUCUCCGGAGCUUGGCGUUGUGUUCUUCAAUGUUCCUGAGAAGCUGCGGAUGCCUGAAUCCACUUUAAAAGUCAAGAGAAGCAUUGAAGAGGCAAGCCUCACACUGCAGUACCUCAACAAGCUGGGGAUCAAGCCUGAGCCACUCUUUAGGGUGGUCAGCAACACCAUUGAGCCCAUCACGCUCUUCCACAAGAUGGGCGUGGGCAGGUUAGACAUGUACGUACUGAACCCUUUAAAGGAAAGCAAGGAGAUGCAGUUCCUCAUGCAGAAGUGGGCAGGCAACAGCAAGGCCAAGACUGGAAUAAUGCUACCCAAUGGGAAGGAAGGAGAAAUCUCUGUUCCUUACCUAACCUCUGUUACAGCUCUCGUGGUAUGGCUCCCUGCUAGCCCGACAGAAAAGAUUGUGAGAGUGCUGUUUCCUGGAAAUGCACCCCAAAACAAAAUAUUUGAGGGACUUGAAAAGUUAAAGCACCUUGACUUCCUACGAUACCCAGUGGCUACACAGAAGGAUAUAUCCUCUGGUGCACCUCCUCCUGUAAUAAAACAGACAAAAAUCAAGCAAAGAACUGAUAGCAAAGAAAGUCUUAAAUCCUCUCCCAAGACACAUUUAGCCUCUAAAGUAUCUAAGAAAGAGACAAAUGGACAUGAUGAAGUAUCAGCUGCAGAAACAAAGAGUGACUCAGCAAAAGAAAACAAGGUUGAAAAGAAAGAGAAGAAAUUGAAAGAGAGUGAAAAACCUGCCAAACCGCUAAAAGAAAAGACAGAGGUGUCUGAAACAGUGAAACAAGAAAAGAAGAAGCUGUUAAAGGAGAAGUCCAUGAAAAAGCACACCAAGGAAAGGGUCUCCAAAAUGGAUGAGAAGAAGGACAAAGAAAAAAAGGAGAUCAAGAAGGAAAGGCGUGAGGUAAAGAAAGAUGACGCAGCUAAAAAAGAUGAGAAGAAAGAAACCAAGAUUAAGGAAGAGAAAAAGAAGGAUACUGCUAAGCCUGAGUUGAGAAAAAUCACUCAACCUGACUUGAAACCCUUCACCCCAGAAGUCAGAAAGACUUUGAACAAAGCUAAGGUUCACGGAAAGCCCAAGACGGACAAAAACAAAGCUAAAGCUGUCAAGGAACAAUCGACUGAACAGAAACUUACAGCAGGACCUACCACUGAAAAGCCAACAACUAAAGAGCAGGCAGUAAUGGAAGAUAGGUCCAUCGUAUCCUCCCCAGAAGAUCUCACCAAGGACUUUGAGGAACUGAAAAGGGAGGAAAUGUCAAAGCCGCAGGCGAAAGCAGACACUGUGAUCAAAAGCCCUUACCUGGAGAAAGAGGCAGAACAAACGAUUGUUUCCCAGACGCUGACAGACACAAAGUUCCCACCCUUGGAUUCCCCAGAUGAGGGGAUAACAACUACAGAUGUGGAGGCUGAAUCUCCACAUGACGAAAAGCUUCUUUCACAGAAGAAAACUGAAUCACCCGCAAAGUACAGAGAAAAAUUUGAAGAUGAGGGUGCAGCCUUGGAGGAUGAAGAUGAGGAAGAGGAGCCAGAACAGAAAGGGACUGUUCAGAAAAAGACAGUGGAGGAGGAGGAGGAUAUGGGUAUGGGGGAAGAGGAAGAAGAGGAUAAAUGGAAAGAAUUGAAAGGAAAUGGGAGAAUGGAGAGAAAACAUGAAGAGGAGAAAAUGGAGAAAUCUGAAAAAUAUACAGCACAGGAUGGAAUGAAAAAGGAAUUCAAAAGUAGUCAUUCUGAUGAAGAGGAGGAGGAAGAUGGAUAUGUCAUUGAAAAAGCAGAACUGGAGGAAGCAGAAGAUUUAAACGCAAUAGCUGACGAGGAGGUGAAAGUCAAAACUGAAGAUGUCAAAAAAGAAAAACUUGACAAGGAGUGGAAUGCCAAACAAACAGAAAGCAACUUAGUAGCCAAAGGAGAAGAGGACGAAGAUGCAUAUCUGUCAAAUGUAGGAGCUGCUACAGCCAAUAUUACAUUAACUGCACAAGGUGCCACUGCAGCAGAGCCCAUCUCCUACAUCCAAGAUGAGACCAUUCCUGGUUACUCUGAAACUGAACAGACCAUUUCAGAUGAAGAGAUUCAUGAGGAAACUGAAGACAGGAUACCACAUCUCCGCUAUGAAGUUGGAACCUAUGAUAUUUCUGUACCUGAUGAAACUGGGUCAUUUGAUGCCAUCCAUGGUAUGAGAGAAAUGAAAGCAGCAGCUAUGCAGGAUGUAUCAGAUUUAGCAGCAAAGGGGUUUGUUGGAGGGCAGGAUCCUGCGUUAGCAGUCUACUCCACUAAUAUCAUCGCAGCGCCCUUAGCGGAAGAAGAACACAUCUCCUCAGCCACGUCCAUCACUGAAUGUGAUAAGCUAUCAUCCUUUGCCACCUCUGUUGCUGAAGAUCAAUCCAUAGCAUCUGUGACAGCGCCUCAAACCGAAGAAACUGGAAGAAGCUCUUUGCUCCUCGACACUGUCAACAGCAUACCGUCAUCAACCCGUACUGAAGCCACCCAGGGAAAAGACUACUUGCACUCAGCUGGGACUAUCUCACCUACUUCCUCCCUGGAGGAGGACAAGUGCUUCAAGUCACCUCCAUCAGAGGAGUACCAGCCCAUUCCAGCAGACGUGGAUGGUGGGGGUAAAAUCACCCGAGUCAAUGAGGAGGAAGACGAAGAGGAGGAAGAUGAAGACCAGACUCCCAAUGUUGACAUUCCACUUGGUAAGCUCCAGGAAGGCUAUGCAUCGCCUUUACUAUUCCAAGACAGAGAGAGAGAUUUUACAAAGCUCACUUCACCUGUAUCACCUAUUACUUCAAUGUCUCCUGUGGAUAGUAAGUCUAGUCAUUCAUCUGCCACGUAUGGAAAAGAUGACACAAGGUCUGGAGACUCUGCAAAACCUUUGUCCCCUCCACCCUCUUUCUCUGGUAGUUUUCAGGAGAGUGAAGAAAGGUGUCUCAGUCCAGAUGAAAGUACUGUGAAACUGGCUUCCCCAACACAGUCCGGACCUACCAGUGCUGGUCAUACACCUUUCCAUCAGUCGCCUGUGGAGGAAAAAACUGAGACUGAGAAAACCCAAAGCAUGAAACAGCAUGAAAACGCUGCCAAAGCAGAAGACAGGGAGGACAAAGACAAGGCAGAACUUGAACAUCAGAAAUACGAAGCGGACAUACUUCCACAAAAACAGGAGAAAAGGCCUGUUUCUUUUGAGGAACAGUCAAUUAUAGAAGAAGAGUCUCAGAAAAGAAAUGUUUCUCGGGAGAGAGUGAUGUUUGAUGACAGUGAUGAAGAGGAAGAAGACUAUGCAAGCAGGGGUACAAAAAUGCACAGUAAAACCAAAUAUGUUGAGGAAAAAGAGAGCCGGUUCUUAGAUGACGACUACCCUUGUGAGGUUAAAUCCUAUGAAGAUGAGAAGACAGAGGAAAAAGAUAAAGUACCAGAGAAAGACUUUGGAUAUGACUACCUACAAACAACACAGACUUCAUUAGGCAAAACGCAGGAGGCAUCUCAGUUAGGUCAAGGACCUAAAACACAGGGGCUGUACUCAGAUGAAGAGGAAGAUGAGGAAGAUGAUGCCAUUUGCAUGGGUGGUGCAGGGUCCAGGCCUUUGUCAUUGGAACCAAACAAAUUGGAUUUCAUGUCUCAAGAUUUGCCAUCAGGUCUUUCAUCUCAGACGGCCACUGCUGAUCAAACAAAAGGGAGAGGUGAUGAAUAUGCAUCCACAAUGCCAACAUCGCCUCAUCCUUAUACCAAAGACCAGAAGUAUGAAAUCUCCUCUGAACUGGAUGAAGAAAGCACAUUCUCCAAGAAAAUUGAGACCACAUCGUCACUCUCAACUACUUCAACACAUUCUAGCAUUGACAGCCAAGGCAAAUAUAGUGACUAUUUCUCAAAAGAGACCACAGAGUCUGCAACCAAAGAAGAAGAGAAACUAAGGAAGGAAGCAAAAUGGGAAACAGAGAAAGAUCGAGAGGCUGUCUCUCCAGGCUUCACAUCCCCAUCUUCAUAUUUCCAUUUGGAAAAAGAUGCCACUCAAGAGACUGCUCAAGAUAAGAAAGGCACUGGUGGUAUGGAGAAAGAUGAAGAAAAGCAUGAGGUAUCAAAGUAUCAUCCUGAUGAAAAACCAAUCAUGAAGGAUCAGGAAUGGGACUCAAAGAAGGAACUCCAAUUCCCAAUGGGACGGGAAGAAGCAGCAGGAAUAGACACUGGUGACAAUAAGACAUUUUCCCAGUCAGCAGCUGGAGGAAACCUCAAAGAUGGAGCUGCAUUCUCCACAGGAGAGCACAGUAAAGAGGAAGCAGUGUCAUUUGGCAAAAUGGAUCACCACACAGUAGGUUUUGCAGAACAUGAAAAAAGUGUUCAUUUCAAUCUUUACUCUUUCCCAGAGCGUGAAAAUCGUGAGAAGGGCCAAACAGAAGAACAUGAAAGGGAGGUGAGGCAAGAUACUCCUUAUGUGGAUAGCAAGAGCUUUACAUACACAGAGAUUUAUGACAACAAAACACCUCCAGCAACGGAGUCAUAUUCAUUCACCUCUGGCAUUCAGCAGAGCCACCCUUACAACCUUGAGAAAGAAAUGACUACAGAGAGGGAGAAAGCUGCAGAUAAAAAAGACACCACACAAACAGAAGGAUUUCUCAUGGGCACAUCCAGUGACAAAGACUUUUCUUCACCUUCAUGGAGUCAGUCUAAUCUCAAGGGUCAGACUACCACAGAUUCAUGUUUUGAUGAUAGUCUUGAGAAGCGUUCUGUGGAGAAAGAGACAGAGAAGGGGAAAGAAUCAGCUGAGCAAGAGAUGGGGAAACCAUACACAUCUGAGCCUGAGAAACCACAGUCAUCCUCUGGUCACUUUUCUCUAGAGGACAGAGAUUUUUUCUCUCUUAGAGGUCAGUCAGAGGAUAAGGACAGCCAGGCCAGCACAGCCUCCUAUACUGAACCUUCAGGCCAGCACUUAGAUGACAACAUUCUUGCAUCUGAGUAUUCUUGCAAAAGCGGCUCUGCUAUUAGCAAAUCUGUGAUGGGUCCUUAUGAGAAAGAAGCAGCUCUGGAAAGGGGAGAUAUGAGGUUAGUCAUGCAAGAAGAGGAUGAUGAAGAGGAUGAGGAGGAUGAUGAGGAGGGCACAGGAGAGGAAGAGGGAGCGAGUGAUUCAGAUUUGGAGAAAGGUGCCAAAGAGAAAUCUGAAAAAGAGUCUAAAAGUCCAUUUGGUGAUGUGCUUAGUUCCAAAUUUCCAGAAACGAAGAAAGAGGACAGGAAGGAAACCUUCCCAGGUGAACAGGAAUACAGUUUUGACAUAAAGGGGAAACCCUCUGCAUCAGCACUUUCUGAGUCCACUGGCAGCAGCAGCAGCCAGAGAACCGACGCAGAGGAUUUUCUCCAAAAGAGCAAGGGUGGUGCUUCCUCCCCAUUAACUGGAAGCUACACAGAGAUGGGAUUAACUGGAUCUAAAGGAUAUUCUUCUGGAUACGAAUACCCCUAUGGAGGGGAGGGAAAUGGAUCUUUCCUCAGCAGCCAUUUGGGAUCAAAGGAACAUGAAGAUGACAGCCCUGAUCGUUCUGACUUCAACUUGCCAACUAAGACAAAUGAAGAUAAAUACUACCACAGUGAGAGAGAUCUUGAGCUUGAAAAACAAAAGACCCCUGACAUUUUGAGUAAAAAAUCAGGGGACACCUUUCCCUCAGGUUUCAACUACACCACCACAUCCGCCACUGCAUAUUCCUCUUCAUCAUCAUAUAGCUACUCCUCCUCUGCCUCUGCCUCACUCUCAACAAGCCGCCAGUUUGGAGAUGAGCUUGAGACACCCGCCACCUCAGACACGCUCUUCAAACCCGAUCUUGACAGCACUGGUUUUGAAUAUUCAUCUUUCAAAGAUGAGCACUCCCUGGUGAUGGAUUCCCCUUUUUCAAGCUCUGGGGGACUAGUGAAAGACGAGUACCUUGAGGUCUCUGAAAAGCUGACCACUGCCACAACAACAGCUGAAUCAACUUCCAGCCUUACAAGGUUUUCUCCACUCAGUCCUUUUGAGGAGAUCAAACCCUUUCCUUCAUUUUCAGCCACAACAACGGACAAGGCACAACAUUCUGAACCCUUCUAUAAACCUGAAUGGGCUGAUGAGUCAAGGUCAUCUGCAUCUUACUCCCAGCUAUCACAGUCUGGUGAGUUAGGGUCCACAGUACAACACUUUCUGCAAGAGGUAGAAGGCAGCAAGGAAGUGGAACAAAGCACCUUAUCAUCCAGAAUCGAAAGCCAAAGAUCUCCUUCUCUUGUCCCUUCUGAGCAGAAGGGAGCAGCGCUGUUCAUGUCCGAGUGUCAGGCAGUCACCACCUCCAGCACAACCAGCGUGCUCCCGGAUGUGCUGACAUCAUACACAUCCCCAUCGCAGCAGCGUAAACAGGCAUCAGCCUCUAACGGGCCAACUGAGAUUAGCGCAGCCCCACCUCAGACUCCAGGUGGAAUCACUGGGACACCAGAGCAGAGAGAUGUGGAAAAGAGUGCUGGAGAGAAGAAAGAGAAGGAGGAGGAGAGGAGCCUAAGCAGCACAUAUCAGUGGGAAAUGCAGCAACAAAGAAGCAUGUGUCCAAGUGCCUCCCCUCCACUUUAUCGAGAUGACGAUGAUUACGAGGAAGAGGAGGAGAAGGAACCAGAGCGUCCAGCACGUCCUCUUUCCCUGGGGUCAGCUGACCAGACCUUUCACUUAUCCUUCUACCCAGAGGCAUCCAAAAAAUCAGGAGAUGACACUGACUUUCCUCCAGAUGUCUGUAUGGGGGCCACCUCUUCCUACACCUCUUCGGGAUCUGCCGGCUAUUCUUCCUGUGAAUACAAGCACCGCAAAGGAGAAAUAUCCCCAUCGUUCAUCAAUCCGAGCCCACACCAGCUCUCUAGUGAGGAUGAAGAAGAGGACGACAGGAGUGACCGGUCGCAGGAGGGUGAUGACAACCAACACCAACCUUCUGUCAAGAGGAGGUCCCAUAAACAGCAGCGCCACCACUCGUAUAGCCAGCAUGAUGACAGUGGGUCCCAGCACUACCCUGGUGCCAUGGCUGCCGGGAUGGGGCUGGCUGGAGAAGAGACCCCUCCAACCUCUGUGAGCGAGUCAUUGCCUUCUCAGUCUGACUCUGAUGUCCCUCCCGAGACAGAAGAGUGUCCAUCAAUCACGGCAGAGGGCAACCUGGACUCAGACGAGGACACAGAGUAUUUGCCAGUGGAUAAAUCGGCUACAGCCGGUGGAGGGGGGAACCACCACUCAUCGUCUUCUAGGUCAUCUGACAGGAGUCAUGACCCCCUACCUGCACCCAUGAUGGACCCUUGCCCUCGUCCUCCCCAUCCUGACGUGUGUAUGGUGGACCCAGAUCUUCUCUCCGGCGACCAGAACCAAGCAGAUAAACUGCUCAAGAAGGAUGUCAAGACCAACAAAGGCUUGCGGAAGUCCAUGGGGAAGCCAAAGUCAGCUUCUCCGGCUCGUAAAGCAGAAACCAGGGGUAAGAGGUCUACCACCCCUGUGAAGCAGGCUUCAAAAGACUCCUCACCAAGGGCCUCCUCGCUGAAAAAGAAAGAGGGAGAGAAGACAUCAAGGAUGUCUGAUGGUCAAGGAUCCCGAGAAGACAGGGAUGAGGUGUCCAGAGCCAGCAACCCAGGCAAAGGGCUUGUUAAUGGUGUCAAAAGCAACAUAGGUUCCAACUCUCAGAAAUCCAGUUCGGCUGUCCCCCCUGGGCCGCCAAUCUAUGUAGACCUGGCCUACAUCCCCAAUCACUGCAGUGCCAAGAAUGUAGACCAGGAGUUUUUUAAGCGCGUGCGUGCUGCAUACUACGUGGUGAGCGGGAACGACACAGGCAGCGGGGAGCCGAGCCGUGGGGUCCUGGAUGCACUGCUAGAGGGGAAGGCCCAGUGGGGCUCCAAUCUCCAGGUGACUUUGAUCCCGACUCAUGACACGGAGGUGACCAGAGAGUGGUACCAGCAGACCCACGAGAAGCAGCAGGAGCUCAACAUCAUGGUUCUGGCCAGCAGCAGUACGGUCGUCAUGCAGGACGAGUCUUUCCCAGCCUGCAAGAUCGAGUUCUGAGGUCCAGGAGUCCCACAGCCUCACUGUUUCAGUUACAGUGUCCAUCUCUCCGCCCGUCUUUCUGUCCCUCUGUCUCCGGGGCUAUGGAAAAGACUCAUUUUAGGCCCAUUUUCUUCACUUCACACACUCAUACGUCCUCAUCUUCAUUUUCCAAGCUUCUGCACUUCUUACCAAUGUCCUUAAUACCAAUUUUUUUCUGUUAUGUCACUGAAUGAUCACUGAUCCAAUUCAUUACAAAACCUACAAAUGUCAUGCUGUAACAUACAUAGAUUCCUAUGAAAAAGUCUGCCACAGACAGAGAGAGACUCUCUCUUUCAGUAUGGUAACUUUGGCAAUCAUAUAGCAUCAGUACAUUCUGAUUUGUACACCUUAUGAGAGGUUAAAGGUAAAUAAUGCCUUUACAUCAAUAUCACACUUGCUAAACACUGCUUCCUAAAUUGAAGGGAGAUAACAUGGGAAAUCUCCAAAAUAUUUCACUCUUGGUAUCCACAAAGGCAGGUUGUAUGUAGUGGACUGAAUUGGAAAAAAGGGAUGCUUUUGUGAUUCCUUCACUACAAAUACUUCUUAAUUGGAUUCAAUCAAAAUGCACGUGAACUCUCUUCAAUAUUUCAGCAUACAGCCGACACCUCAACAACAGUUUUUUUGGUACAACAUGCUGCAUUUCCUUGGGUGGGAUGCAAAGAUAAAUCAGUUUUCUUAUGGAAUCACUUGCUCAGUUAUAUUUUGUAUUUAUUUGCACAUCAAUCUUAUCCAGAACAAAUUACAAGGCUAUCAUUGUGAGACACAUUAAAUACAUAUGCAAAUUUAUACUCUCAUCCCAACCUACAUCUACCUUAUGGACAGAGAUAGAUGUUGCUGGCUGAAACUAAAGCCUUUAAAUUAAUGUAAGGUAGUGCUUAAGUCAUGUCCACAUUGGAUAUUGAUUUCCAGACCUGUUGAGUUUCAUCCCUAUUGGUGAAUCACUUGUGUGCCUCCUGGUGCUGGCACAACAGCAUUUAAAUUAUAGAUUUGGUGUAGAAAAAAGUCUGGGAACUCUUUAAAGCUUGUUUUUAGAAAUUUAAAGAACAUUCUUAACAAACCUUGCAUCAUCAACAUAAAAUGUCAACUCUUAAUUACUGAAAUGAUUAUUUGGAUUGCUAAUUCAGUGGAGUUCUGGAGUGCUAAACUCUUAUGGUGUUAAACAGUUAAUCUAAUCUAAUCUAAUCUCAGAUCUUUCUCAGUGUCUCCUACUCAGUCUUGAGAAAUGUAUCAUACAAUUAUGUCUCUGAGUAGAGCAAACAGUUAAAAUGUCAAGGAUAUUGUGCUUGUGGUCUUGUGAUAAUAAUUUGAUUAUAUUAAAAUCUGACGUGAUUGUGAAGGACAUUUCAUUUUCACAAUGGGAGAUCUCACUUCUCUCAAUGAACGGGAAAAGGUAAUCUCAAAUGGAAUGAAAGUCCUUGCUUUUUAUAUGGUCAACUGUGUUUUUAGGCAGCUAGUUGGAGUUGAGAAUUUUUUUUUUUAAUGAGGCAUUGCAACUAAAUGUUUUGCCAGUGUUCGGAAUGCUUGAAUAAGCACCAUCUUGCGGUCUCUGUGAUCAUAUCAGUUGGAAUUGCUGCUCUGAAGUGGGCGACCAUGCCUUUUCACUACGCCCAGUUGAAUGAAGACUUUUGUUUUCCAGAUUAGCUGUUUUCUUUAAGCAGAAUAAAACUGCUGGCUUUGUCUGAUCCCUGAGCAUUCUUGACCAUAGAGUAAAGACAUUUUCGAGUAUCCAUCUGCACAGUGACAAUUCUCUGUCCUCGCAUAAUUUCUGAAGAUUGUAAGAAAUAGGGCUUCUUUUCAGUCUCGCAAGUCUAUGUCUUGGUCUUCAUCAAUUGUAUUAAUUCCAAAUAUAGAUAAAUGCACAUAUUAUAUAUAAAGUAUAUUUGAGGUGUAAUGGUUGCUGUUGCCAAGUAAUAAUAAAGAAGUAUUUGAGAUAUAACCUUCGGCAGAUUUUGUAGGUAACUGCUUCGUUUAUUCAGAUGAUCAUGAGAUGGAGUUCACCCUUUUCUCUGCAUUACACGUUGAAAAAAAAAUGGAAUUUCACCUAAAUUGAUAAUGCUGUUUGAGCAUGUUUUUGAGCACAUUCAGGUUCUGUCAUGACUGGAAGCUGCACAUUUUUUGUAUGUUCCGCAUUUGAUGGGAAAAGAACCACAACACUAAAGAUGUUGCGGAUAUAUAUAUGAAACAGACCCUAAAAUGUAUUUUAUUAUACACUGAACUAUCCUCAACCAUCUCCAUUUCGGAUUCAGAGGAAAUAUAGGUUUUUCUUAUUAUUGUUAAUGAAUAGUAUGUAUAGUUAAGAGUACUGAUUAUCUGGAGUUUGUUUUUCCCUGUUUUUUUUUUCUGAGCACUUUGUGCUUGUCAAAAAAUGGUAGUCCAAAAGCUAGAUUUCAAAAUAUAUCACAACACAACCUGGAUUUUGUUCCCAGGGGUGGCUAUGAGUGAUGGGAAGCUAUGGCUUAUGCACUUGCACAUGUUGCAAAUGUAGCAAUAGAAUCUGUUUGUCAUAGUGAGAAUCCUGACUGAUUUGUUUUGCUCCAAAAGGAGAUGAGGCCUGUUGUGUUGAACCAAUGACGGUUGAGAAGUGCUUUCUGGAAUCAUGCAGGAACGUUGUGGGGUGUACUUUACAGAUGAUGGUAGCGUGACUGUCGCCCACAUGUGCCUUGGGGCUGUAGCCUGCAGUGGAAUUGGGGCUGAACUGGCAUUUGGGUGGUCCCUCUCAUAGAAUUUAGGCAGGUAGGCCUUAAUCAUUGUAGUGAAGGGGAUCCUUUUAACCAGGGGACACAGUGAAAUCAUUAAUAGUUGCACUGGAACAGUGGAAUAAAUGGAAUGGAAAAUAGUAUUUGCUAGAUGUAAACAAAAGCUAUUAUCACUAAGCAAGACUGCACUUUUCCAUUAUUUUGGGAGUAUGAAUUGGUCCCAAAAUGGAAGGCUGGAGUGAGUUAGAACCACAUAUUGUAUGGACAUAAGUGACCACUUUUAACAUGAACUACUAGCAUUUCAUGUUACUAUGCUGAAAAGAAAAACAUGAACCCAGGCUGUUAAUAAAGCAAGCCUUUCAAAUAAAUAAAAAGAACAGGUGAGGUAUAAUAUACUUAUAAAUGGUAAAGUGGUCAUUUUCAAACCUUAGGAUUACGUUUUCACAUAAAUGGAAACAUCUGUAGUUGGUUGAAGACGUUGUGUGUGACAGUUUUGAGAUGCGUUGCAUUUGUGUGUUUCUGGUAUGUGGUCACUACUGUAGUUAUACUGUAGUUUGUGGAUGUACUGUAUUUUGGAGCACUGAGUAGAUCUUGAAAGAUGGGACCAGUGAAAGAUGCUUUUGGUUUAUUGUAAAGAUCUCAACAUGCUUGUAGAUGGUUAUGCCUAAAUGUUAUGUAUAUUUGAAUGUUUUUUCAUUGGUUUAAUAAGCGCUUUUGUUACUAUUUUUAUUGUAAAGAUGAUUACCCAUAACAGUAUUACAUUUUUAUCAAUUUUAUUGUUUUCACAGUUACUUAUUUACUUGUAACACUAACCAGAUGUGGCUUGUUGUUUACAUUUCCUCUUUAUUUGCAUUAUGGCAUUUUUUUAUAGCUGACUGACAAAUCAGAAUUUCUUUUUGAGAGUGCAGUCUAGAUAUCUACCAUUUUUGCUGAAUGAUUGUUUAACAAAUGCUAUACUCUUUGAUAUGCUGCAUAAGGUGAAGUGAUAGGAGAAAGUUUGAGGAUUGGAGGAGAUGGGGGUUCUGACAUGGUGGACUGGGGUGGACGAGGGAGCUGAGAAGCUCCACUUUGUCUCUGUGUCUUGUCCCUUUUCCAUGCUGCUGAGCUGGAAUCAGCCUUGCUGCUGGAGACCUGGAACCUGCCUUUCCAUGAUAGAACAUGGACAAGGUCAUGUUGCCCCCCGUCAGCUCAGCCUGGCACCGUUGUUGGUUAAGGGGCAUGCUACCGUUGCAGCAGGCAACCAAGGUAGAUCGAAGUAAUGUGGGCUGUAGUUUUAUUUUGGAGGGCUGCCUGCAGGAUGUCCAAGCAGCCAUCUCAGUCUGGGCAAAUGGCAGAACUCAGUGUGACCCAGUUGGGAGUAAUACAGAGGGAAAGCAAUUCCCCAUUGCUAUUCCAGGUACGCCAGCUUUGGCUCUAGCUUGUACUGACCUGGCUCCAGCUCAGCAGCAGAAAAGGGGACAUAACAAGAUGCAGAGAAGUCUUUGCACAGCCGAUGCACAGAGGCCAGCAUCAUAAACGUGCCAGGCCAUUGCACCUCUCAGUUCUGGAAUCAACAGAACAAGUCACCUUGGUGGUUUUACGGGGCUUUGCUUAUAUUACCAGCUCUGCCUGCGCAUUAAACAAUGUCAUGCGGAAUCUGUAGGGAAGUAGCUGAAAUAGGCCACUGAAGAGCAUGCACAGUACCUCCAGUCUGCCCUCAGAGUAUCAAUGCAGUAGGAUGAGCUGAUACCAGCAGUCAAACUGGUUGUCAGUUUCAAUAAUAUGGUACUCCUUGUGUAAGAUACAGCGCCAGACUUUCCAUGCAUGCAAGUGAUGUUGUUGUGGCAAAUAUACAGUCAAAAGGUCUAAACAGCCUCAAAAAAUGAAGCUAAUCAUGCUUGAGGUUCUGCAAAAGCAAAUGUGUAUUUUUCAGCAGCGGGCUUUCAAUGUAUGUUAUAUUGCUCUCCACGCACAAGAAAAAGACUCUGGGGAUGAGUGUUCUGAAAGUGGUCAAGGUCUCAUUAUCAUAAAGGAGACCAUUUUGUAUCUGGUAGCAUUGAAUGGAGAUGCUCUAUCGAGACACUCAGUCCUGCCAGUCUGUUUGUGUCUGAACGUUUCAAAAUCAUUUUUGUGCUCCUUCCAUAGACAAUAGUCAUAGUCAAACCCAAGUGCAGUUUUCUGUUUUGUAGUGUUAUUAUAGCUGAAAUUAAACUUUUUAAUGUGUGCUCAUCUUUCGGCGUUGAAAUAUUCCAAUGAUAAGUCUUUGUCUUUGUCCUCGUCUGCCACUUACAUUGUGGUGUAGCCAGAUGGCUGAGAGGCCUCUAUGGCCAGCAGUUGGUGCCCAGUUAACAUAGUUUUUCUUUACAAACUAUGUGAAACGUAUGGAAAAUCUAUUGCAGUUCUAGAGGCAUACGUGCCAAGCUGAAAUCACCAUUUUGAAUGUAGAAAUUUUGAAUUAUUCCUUUUAGAGGUGAAGAGG